UUCCUUCCAACGUUUCCGUACCUGCACGCACUUGGAAACAAAGCACGUCCGCCAAAUCUCCGGCGGAGACACCAGAGGAAGCUCAUCAUGUCAGAUCGGUGACCCGGUACUGCGGUCCAUUUACUUUUUUUUAUAAUGAUCUUAAGCUCGGUGUCACAGGCAAGCGCGCACAGGUAGACAAGACAGAUUCGGACUAGAAGUCUUAGUUUUCUUCGGUUAUUUCUGAGGGCUAUGUAGAAAAGGUAACAUGAACAUUGUCGCAUCUCUAGCGCUUCUACAACUGUUUCUAUCUGCGGCAGCGACAGUUUCGGGAAACGUCUCCACCGAAACUGUCCAGUCAGCCGCACCGGGCGACGUCGUUUUACUUCAGUGUUACACCGGAGGGAAUCUAACACCUGUCUGGACAACGUGGAUGAAAGACGGUCAUGUUAUCGCCUCAAACGGUGAGCUACAUGUGGACUCUUCUGCCAAAGACCCGCGGCUCACCUUGGAGCGUAACGGGAGUCUGAGCAUCAGUAAAGUGAUUUCUGAUGACACGGGGAGCUUCCUGUGCAGCUCCAGGCUACCAGACAACAGAACCAUCAACGCACAUGUCCUGCUUCAAGUAACCAGUGGACCGAACAACGUAUCUACAAUGAUUUACCCAACAAUUGUGCUACCCAACAGGACACUGGUCAGUAAGAAGGGAGACAGCCUCUGUUUUAAAUGCAUGGCAUGGUCCUCCCCAUCUCAGCAGCUGAACCUGACCUUCAGUGGAGCUUCGAACAAUAACACAAGCCUGGCUUUCACGCCAUUUCCAGUGCUGGAUUACACUAUAAAGGACAUCCAGCCCAGCAAUCAGGGAGUUUAUACCUGCAGUGCCCUCAACACCGUCUCCAACCGCAUGGUCAAGAACAGCACUGAGCUGCUGGUGUACUAUAUUCCGAGCGGACACCCUGACUGUAUGUCCGUGGAAACGCAGAACUCCUCCAGUGUCCAGCUGAACUGCUCCUGGUUCGGGGCGUAUCCGACCCCGGAGCUUCGGUGGGGCAAAGACGGAGACUUCCAGGUGACGGACAGCCUCGUUGUGUCGCUGAACAGAUCGACGCUGCAAGAGGGGCAGACACUGACCUGCACGGCCCGGCAUGAGCUGCUCAAAAUAGAAAAUGAGAGAUCUUGCUCCAUAACGCUCCGAGCUCCGUACCCACAGGGCGAUCCGAUGGUCUCAGUUCUGGAGGGAACCAACGUGACUCUUUCCUGCCGUGAGAUCAGCUCAGUACCGGCUGCCAACACCACGUGGAGGAAAGGCCAAAGUCUGGAGCCGAUUGUUCCUGGAUCCAAGUACAUCCUGUCUGUUGAAGGCCCUGACCUCAAGCUGACCAUAGUCAACAUCAGCAAGUACGAUGAAGUGUACUACUUCUGCCGCAGCGAGAACGCGCUCGGGAUCCGCGAGCUGGAAGUCUUCCUCACUGUGAAAGCAUCAUCGUCGACGUACACUGGAGCGGUGAUCGGUGUGUUCAUAGCUGCCCUGAUCACGGGCUGCGCUUUCAUCGUGGCUAAAAUACUUUACUCCAGGAGACACACAAUCUGCCUGGGAGGAGGUUUCAUCCAAGCUGAGGACAGAGGAGACGUGGUGGACCUGGUGGAAUCGGACGAUGAGCAGAUCUUUCAAGACGCCGUCCCCCGACUGCCUCCUUUAACCAACGGUCGCCACACGACACUCGUCCAGAUACAUCGGAUCCCUUCCAGUGAGGAUCACGAGGUCAUCGUUGAAACACAUCCAGAGCCGCCUGAACAGAAAGAAGAGCCGACUGAAGAGCUAACAGAAGAAUCCAGAGAAGAGGUGGAGGAACUCGUAUCAUUUUAGGGACAAGAUGCUUGAAAAUUAAUGCGUCAUUUCUAAUGACAACUGAAUUAGACUCCAAAAUGGUUUAUUUUUUUUAGCAGUGUUGUACAUUUUUGUAUGUUGAUUUGAAACAUUUUUUGUUUGUACAGAAUUUUGAAUGAGUGACAUUAAAGCAGGAAGUAUGUGUGAGGAAACCACCUUUUUUGUUUGCUUUUCACAUUCAUCACACACUGUACAAACACUGCCUAUCCCAGUACAUAAAGCAGAUCUGAACCGAAACUUAAAAUAUGCCACCAUCAGUUCAGAGCUGUGAGACACAGACUGGCUCACUUCCAAAACCUGAUCAGAAUCAAAGCAUUUUUAUGUCUGGAGACUCUGGAUCAGGGAUCUUCUUGUGUUCGCCAGAAUCACACUGGUACUGCUGUUUUGCUUGGCGGAAAAUUUUAAUCAGGUUAUGUAAAAAAAAACUUACAUAGAUUUUAAAGUAAACGGACAAAAUUUGACAAUAAAAUGUAACCAAAUCAAAAAAAUUUUAAUUCAGACAAAACAAGACAAACAUUCUCUGAAGCACUAAAAUUGAUUCUUGUGCUUUAAAUUGAAUAAACAUCAAACACACAUCUAAAUAAUUUCUAAUUUAUUGCCCAUUAUAUCUAAUUCACAUUAUGCACAUUUACGGAGUCCCUCAGUUUGCACAUUGAAUUUUUUAUGUGGGAUCUUUUUAGUAGGUCAAAGCAAGUUAAAAGCAGUUAAAUAAUGUAUUACACUGUCAAAAGCAGAUCCAGCAAAAAAAUUAGUCUGGCUGGAAAUGAGCCGUGUGAGCUUAAUGUGAAUAAUUCAUGGUAUGUAUGCAUGUUAGGAGUUGGAUGCCAACCAAUGUUUUUUUGUUGUUUUUUUUUUUUUUUGCCAAAUAUGCUGCUUACAUGACUACAAGAAGAUAACUGAUGUUAAAACUUGCUACCUGAGACAUUGAUAGUUGUCAUAAAUUGCAGAAAUUGUGUUUAUAGUUCUUAAAGUCAGAUAUAUCAAAAGAAAUAAAUGGAACUUUGUCCUUUUUUUUUUAACUUGACUGGAAUGUUCUAAAUCCUUUUUAACUAAAUUUAUGCAAUAAAUAAAAAAAAAAUCUGACUA